AUGGCUGCCCUAGCUGAGGUCCCCUGGUUGAAGGAUGAUGUGAUACCACCACCCCCUGAUGCAGAUGACAGGGAGGUUACUAUUCCUUGGGGUGGUUGGGUGCACGAGAAGCCACCGGCUAGACGCCGUUCUAGGGCUAGAGCGGUAGUGGGGACAGCUGGACCGUCAGCCCCUACAGCAGCCCCAUCCUCCUCUACAGCAGCAGCUCCCUCUUCAUCGACAGCUCCACCUUCCACACUGGAGCCUACUUAUUUACUGGUCCAGCGUCUAUUUCGGUUUUUAGAGCGCGAGAGACUCCAUGUCAGACGCCGACUGGAUCGGAUGGACCAGGCGCUCAUUUCUCUGGGUGCUGAGUUACCUCCGCUUCCCGACUCUCCGGCCUCCGAUGAGCAGGAUCAUCAGGAGGAGGAUGCGGAGGCACCGACUCAGCAGGAUGCCCCUCCGGCUGCCCCAGACACCACAAAGACACCUCAGACCCAUGCGGAGCCGGUUCCACAGCCACAGCCAGAGCCAGAGCCUACCGUUGUGCCUUCCACUGAUCCUCCGGUUUAG